AUGGCCCAAGAAGAUGAGACCAUUAAUCCUUCCCCAACCCGCCAUUCUCUGGAGCGUGAGGUGUCGACAAGCAGCUCUGAAGGACCAAGAUUCGAGCCAAUCCGAACGCGAAAAUCGAGAGACACAGACGACUACCGCUUCGAUGAUGAAGAACAAACAAGACCAGAUGAGCUUGCGAGGAUUGCAUCCAUUCUGUCCGGAGCUCGAACGCGCACCAUGACCAGCGAUGGUCUACAGAGGCAGGACACUGUUGCCGGCAUGAGCAUUGAGUCUCCCGAAUUCGAUCCGAACAGUCCUGCAUUCAACUUUUUCCUCUGGAUUCGCAAGUUUCUCCAACUUCUCGAGCAGCAGAACAUCAAAGUGCGAAGAACUGGCUUCACUUUCAAGAAUCUCGCUGUCUCUGGGAAGGGCGCCGCUCUUGUUCUCCAGCAGAAUGUCGGCUCCAUCUUCAUGCAGCCUUUCCGCAUCCGCGAGCUUUUCCAACAUCCUGCUGAGAAGCAGAUAUUACGCAAUUUCAAUGGACACGUCAAUAGCGGGGAGUUGCUGAUUGUCCUGGGUCGCCCUGGCAGUGGCUGUUCUACAUUUCUCAAGACCAUCUGCGGCGAGUUCCAAGGUCUGCAGCUCUCAAAAGACUCCAAAAUCACCUACAGCGGAAUACCGCAAGAGCUGUUCGUGAAAGAGUUCAAGGGGGAGGCAAUAUAUAAUCAAGAGAAUGAAAAGCAUUUUCCUCACUUGACGGUCGGGGAAACUCUCAACUUUGCCGCCGCCUGCCGCACUCCGUCGAACAGGGUUCUUGAUGUCCCUCGAGCCGACUGGGCGAAAUACAUGGCAUCUGUUAUGAUGAACAUAUUUGGUUUGUCACACACCCGUAACACCAAAGUUGGGGACGAUUUUGUUCGUGGUGUGAGUGGUGGAGAGCGAAAACGUGUCAGUAUCGCCGAAAUGGCACUGGCCGGUUCGCCGAUUGCCGCAUGGGACAACUCUACUCGUGGCCUUGACUCGCAAACCGCUCUCGAAUUCGUUCGCUCGCUCAGAAUCGCUGCAGACUUCGCAGGCCUCACGUCGCUUAUCGCAAUCUACCAGGCUUCACAAGCCAUUUAUGACUUGUGCGACAAGGCAAUCGUGCUGUAUGAAGGUCGACAGAUUUACUUUGGACCCUGUGAUGAGGCUCGGGCAUAUUUCGAAGACAUGGGUUGGUAUUGUCCUCCCAGACAAACCACAGGCGAUUUCUUGACGUCUGUCACCAAUCCCCAAGAGAGGAGACCCAGAGAAGGAUUUGAGACCAAGGUGCCCCGUACGGCUGCCGAGUUUGAAAAGUAUUGGCUGGAGAGCCCCCAGUACAAGGCGGCUCAAGAGGAAGCCACUCAUGCAGAAGAAGUCGAUGCGGACGGCGAAGAAGCUCUCCAAGCAUUCCGAGAAGCCCAUCAUCAGAGGCAAGCCGAGCAUGUGCGCCCACAAUCACCAUACGUGAUAAGCAUUCCGAUGCAAAUUCGCCUGUGCGUUACUCGAGCUUACCAGAGGCUCUGGAACGACAAAGCAUCAACCAUCGCCGUCAUCUUCAGUCAGAUCGCCCAAGCCCUGAUCAUCGGCUCUAUCUUCUUCGGCACUCCGCUCUCCACCGGCAGCUUCUUCGCCAAAGGCUCGGUCUUAUUCUUCGCUGUUUUGCUCAGUGCUCUGCAGUCUAUUGUCGAGAUCAACACCUUGUACAGCCAACGACCUAUUGUCGCCAAACACAAGUCAUACGCCUUUUACCAUCCUUUCACGGAGGCUGUUGCAGGCAUUGUGGCCGACUUGCCCAUCAAAUUCUGCACCACUACCGUGUUCAACAUUAUCUUGUACUUCCUGGCUGGGCUGAGGUACAGGGCGUCCAACUUCUUCAUUUUCUUCCUCUUCAACUUUGUGGCCAUGUUGACCAUGUCGGCGAUCUUUCGCACAACGGCAGCAAUCACGAAAACCAUUUCUGCCGCUUUGGCCAUUGCUGGGGUAAUGGUCCUUUGGAUUGUUAUCUACACGGGAUUUACGCUGCAACGGUCUUUCAUGCAUCCGUGGUUCAGAUGGACUUCCUGGAUCAAUCCGAUCGCCUACGCAUUCGAAUCGCUGCUUGUCAACGAAGUUCAUGGCCGGGACUUUCCAUGUGCUCCUACCAGCUUAGUCCCACCCUACGGCACGGGCGACCAUUUUCAAUGCGCCGUCGCUGGCGCCGUGGCCGGCCGAACUGCUGUUUCCGGAGACUCAUGGGUGCAAUCGUCCUAUGGAUACUCUUAUAGCCACAUCUGGCGAAAUCUCGGCUUUCUCUUCGCCUUCAUGAUAUUCUUCUUCUCAAUUUAUUUCAUCGCUACUGAACUCAACUCCGACACCACCUCGACCGCGGAAUUUCUGGUCUUCAGAAGAGGGCAUGUGCCGGCAUACUUACAGGGCGGCAAGAAUGACGAGGAGCGUAUACAAGCCGACGAAAAAGGUUUGGGGUCGGUCGAUCCGGUCCACGAAAAGCAAGCCGAGGAAGUCAAAGCUCUCCCUGCACAAAAGGACAUCUUCACUUGGCGAAAUGUGACUCUCGACAUCAAAAUCAAGGGUGAGCCUCGAAGAUUAUUGGAUGGCAUCUCGGGAUGGGUUAAGCCCGGCACUUUAACCGCCCUGAUGGGGACUUCGGGAGCCGGAAAGACCACCUUGCUGGAUGCACUGGCGCAGAGGACGAACAUAGGUGUUUUGACGGGAGAUAUGCUUGUGAAUGGCAAACCCCUCGAUCGCUCUUUUCAGCGGAAGACGGGCUAUGUGCAGCAACAAGACCUCCACCUGGAGACCACCACCGUCAGAGAAGCGCUUCGGUUUUCAGCUUACCUUCGCCAACCAAAAUCCGUGACCAAGCAGGAGAAGGAUGACUUCGUUGAAGAGGUUAUCAAAAUGCUCAACAUGGAAGAUUUUGCGGAGGCUAUCGUUGGAAAUCCCGGAGAAGGUCUCAAUGUCGAGCAACGUAAACUCCUGACGAUCGGCGUCGAACUCGCAGCGAAGCCAGCCCUCCUCAUCUUCCUCGACGAACCCACCUCAGGCCUGGAUUCCCAAAGUUCUUGGUCCAUUGUUGCCUUCCUUCGCAAGCUCGCAGACUCAGGGCAAGCAAUUCUUUGUACGAUUCAUCAACCAUCGGCUAUCCUGUUCCAAGAGUUUGACCGACUCCUUUUCCUGAUGAAAGGGGGCAAGACGAUUUAUUUCGGCGACAUUGGCAAGAACUCUAGCAUUUUGUUGGAUUACUUCGAAAGGAACGGUGCGCCCAAGUGCGACGACGAUGCAAACCCGGCUGAAUAUAUGCUCGAUAUCUGCGGGAAGAAGUCUGACCGUGACUGGAGCGAAGUGUGGAAAACGACGCCCGAAGCCAAAGAGGUGCAGGCAGAACUGGAUCGAAUUCAACAGGCCAAACAAUCAGAGCCGGCAGGAGACGUAUCGUCAACAUCCGAAUUCGCUAUGCCACUCACUGCCCAGAUCUACCACGUCACUCACCGGGUAUUUCAACAAUAUUGGAGAACGCCAUCUUAUAUCAGCGGCAAAUUUCUUUUGGGGAUCAUGUCUGCACUGUUUAUCGGCUUCUCGUUCUACAAGCAAAACACAACCUCGACCGGCUUGCAGAACACCAUAUUCGGCAUUUUUAUGCUUGUCACGAUCUUUUCGUCCCUCGUCCAACAAAUCAUGCCCCGGUUUGUCGUCCAGCGAUCCCUCUACGAAGUUCGGGAGCGUCCAUCCAAGGCGUAUUCAUGGAUUGCCUUUCUCAUUGCCAACAUCGCCGUUGAGAUCCCCUACCAGAUCGUUUUAGCCAUCCUCAUGUGGAUUUCGUGGUACUUUGCGAUUUUCGGCAAGAACCAGAACGACGAAACGCGAGGGCUGAUGUUGCUUUUCGUGAUCCAAUUCAUGGUCUUCUCCAGCACGUUUGCUCACAUGAUCAUUGCAGCAAUGCCUGACGCAGAAACGGCGGGCAACAUCGCUACGCUGUUGUUCAGCAUGAUGCUCACCUUCAACGGUGUCUUGCAAAGCCCCACUGCAUUGCCGGGCUUUUGGAUCUUCAUGUAUCGGGUGUCGCCCAUGACCUACCUCAUCGCUGGCUGGGCCGGUACAGGUCUCCACGGUCGGCUCGUCCACUGCGCACAGAACGAGCUCGCCAAAUUUGACCCGCCAUCGGGCCAAACCUGCGCGCAGUACCUGGCCGCGUACCUGAAUGGCGGCGCACCGGGCCAGUUGUACAAUCCCCACGCGACCAGCGGGUGCCAGUACUGUCCCCUCACGUCGGCCGACCAGUUCCUGGCCGGCAGCAAGAUCUACCCGAGCGACCGAUGGCGAAACUUUGGCAUUGGAUUCGCCUAUAUCGUCUUCAACAUCUUCGCCUGCAUUUUCCUGUACUACCUCUUCCGCGUCCGCCGGAUCCGCAUCUCGAGCCUGGCCAAGGGCCCCGCGCGCGUCGUGGACGCCGUCGUCAACCAGGGCUUGAGGAGGCUGUUUGCCCGACACGCAGAGCCGACACCUCCCGGGAAAGAGGCGGAACGGCACCGGGCGUUCUGA